AUGACGGAGCGGCCGCCGAGCGAGGCGGCACACAGUGACCCCCCGCUAGAGGGACGGGACGCGGCCGAGGCCCGCAUGGCCCCCCCGCACCUGGUCCUGCUCAACGGCGUCGCCAAGGAAACGAGCCGCGCGGUCCCCACGGAGCCCCCGGUCAUCGAGCUGGGCUCUCGUGGCCCGGGGGGCGGCCCCGCUGCUGGGGGCGGCGCCGCGCGAGACUUAAAGGGUCGGGACGCGGCCGCGGCCGACGCGCGCCAUCGAGUGCCGACCACCGAGCUGUGCAGACCUCCAGGCCCUGCGCCCGCGCCCUCCUCGGCCCCCGCGGAGCUGCCCGGAGACGGCCGCAUGGUGCAGCUGAGCCCGCCCGCGCUGGCGGCCCCUGCCGCCCCGGGCCGCGCGCUGCUCUACAGCCUCAGCCAGCCGCUCGCCUCGCUCAGCAGCGGGUUCUUUGGAGAGCCUGAUGCCUUCCCUAUGUUUGCCACCAACAACCGCAUGAAGAGGAGACCCUCUCCCUAUGAGAUGGAGAUUACUGAUGGUCCCCACACCAAAGUCGUGCGGCGCAUCUUCACCAAUAGCCGAGAGCGGUGGCGGCAGCAGAAUGUGAACGGGGCCUUUGCUGAACUCCGCAAGCUGAUCCCCACACAUCCCCCAGACAAGAAGCUCAGCAAGAAUGAAAUCCUCCGCCUGGCCAUGAAAUACAUCAACUUCCUGGCCAAGCUGCUUAAUGAUCAGGAAGAAGAGGGCACCCAGCGGGCCAAGCCUGGCAAGGACCCAGUGGUUGUGGCUGGUGGAGGUGGGGGUGGAGGAGGGGGUGGUGCACCCCCGGAUGACCUACUGCAGGAUGUGCUGUCUCCCAAUUCCAGCUGUGGCAGUUCCCUAGAUGGGGCAGCCAGUCCAGACAGCUACACAGAGGAGCCAGCGCCCAAGCACACAGCCCACAGCCUCCACCCUGCCAUUCUGCCUGCCUCUGAUGGAGCUGGUCCACGGUGA